AGUUGGCAGCGCCAGUCUCGAUAUUUGUAAACAUUUUCCGCACGGCACGAAUUUGUUUAACGAAAAUGUAUAAAUGCAUGUGAUUUUGGCGACUUGUAACGUUUAGUCGAGCGACUCGCGGGGCAACGUCUAUUGAGCCCAAGACUUUCGCGGGGUCAAGUGCAUACAACAUAACAGCAACAACAAACUUUCGCCGUGCAUAAGAUACAAGUGACUGCAAUUACUGCGAAGUAUAAAAAAAACGGGUGCCAAUGAUCGCUUACUACGCAAUAGAAAAAUAAUUUAUCGCGAUAAUUCGGCUAAACGCAAGUCGAACGUCAAUAGAAACAAAGGCUAAAGUUAUUGUUUUGUGCCGUCAUCGUAAAAUUGGCUUUGAUAAAAGCACGUUCACCUCGUACCUGCCGCAAGCUGAAUUACGGGCACAAUACGUUAUUAUAAGGAUAUGACCAGGCGGCAACAGUGAAUGAAAAAGAAUCCUUAGUCCCUCCAGCACAAAACCAACGCAUAAAUAGCCACAAAAAGACACCCAGCGAACAAUGAGCACCAAUACCAGCAGCUUCUUCGACGAACAUUUCGCCAUGUUGUACUCCAACCUGAUGGAUCAGUAUAUGCCAGAAUACUUCAAGAGCUUUCAGUACACGCCAUGGGUCUUCUCGCUCCUAGGAUCGGUGGUCAUUGGACUGAGUGGGAUAUUCCCGCUGAUCAUCAUUCCCACAGAAGAGAAGAUGGCCAAAGAGGGAUACAAAGAUCCUGCGGAUUCAAAGCUCCUGCGAGUCCUUCUCAGCUUCGCUGUCGGCGGACUGCUGGGCGAUGUGUUCCUUCACCUACUGCCAGAGGCCUGGGAAGGCGAUAAUCAAGAUCCAUCUAGUCAUCCGUCUCUGCGCUCGGGCCUAUGGGUCCUCUCUGGCAUACUCAUCUUUACAAUAGUGGAGAAAAUAUUCUCCGGUUAUGCCAGUGCGGACGAGGAGAAUCCACAGCCCAAGUGUGUGGAGAUUGCCAACUGUUUGCUGCGCCGACAUGGCGGACAAUUGCCAGAGGGCGAGACAGCCGAGAGUUGUGGAGGUGCUUGUGACAUAGAGGAUGUGGAUAAGGUGUGCUUCCUUCGCGAACGAGAGCAAAAGUCCAAGGAGAAGAAGGAGCAGCCGAAGAAGGUGGCCGGCUACCUGAACCUGUUGGCCAACUCGAUUGAUAACUUCACGCACGGCCUGGCGGUAGCUGGUAGCUUUCUGGUCUCCUUCCGGCAUGGAGUUCUGGCCACAUUCGCUAUAUUGCUACACGAAAUCCCCCAUGAGGUGGGAGACUUCGCCAUCCUGCUACGCUCUGGCUUCAGUCGCUGGGACGCCGCCCGGGCACAGCUUCUAACAGCGGGCGCUGGUCUACUAGGUGCUCUUGUAGCCAUCGGUGGGUCCGGUGUAACAUCGGCCAUGGAGGCACGUACAUCGUGGAUUAUGCCGUUCACCGCCGGCGGCUUUCUGCACAUCGCUCUGGUCACAGUAUUACCUGAUCUCUUGAAGGAAGAGGAGCGGAAAGAAUCCGUAAAGCAGCUGGUGGCCCUGAUAUUCGGCAUUGCGUUAAUGGCCGUGAUGACUAUGCUUUUCGAACACUAGGAAGUUUUAUGUCGCGACAACAGUACAUAAGUUGAAAAAUUAAUCCAAAGCAGUUGUAGUUUUACGACUGUCAUUUGGCAGUUUCCAAAUUUACAAGAAUUUGUUGUACUUUAUAGGAUUAUCGGUAAUCCCGUGCCUGCGUUAUGUAAUUAUAGCCGAUAUGAAUGAUAUUUAAA